UUUAUACUCUUUCUAAAUGCACAUAUUUAUUUGGUUUGCCAAUUCUUCUUUAGCAUGGGCAUUAUUGGAGUUUAAAAUGUCGCAUCAUAUGAUCUCCAUACCAAAUCUUCCAAAACCUUAUUUCAAAUUCAAACCCUAAUCCCGGUCCCUGAGGCAUUCCUCCCAAACUCAACUCUUCUCUUCUCUCUCUCUCUGAACACCUCAAAACUUGUUCACCCAUCGACAAUGGCGGACCACGUUUGCAAAGACUUGGAUAUGGGAUAUGAAGAUAAGCCACUAGAACCAGAGAGUGAAGGAGGUGCAGAUGAAUAUCUGGAGAGUAUAAUCUUGGGUACCCGUGCUCUGCAGAUCAGCAUGAAUACCCCUGUGAUGGUUGAAUUGGAGGGUGAGACUCACCCACCUGAGGGUAGGAGUUCUCCAGCAAGUGCUUUGGAGAUUAGGAAAAAUUCUUGAUGUUCUGAUGCACGCAUCAAAAUGUCCUUUAGCUCCUGCAUCACAAUGUCAGUACCCCAAUUGUCGUAAGAUUAAGGGGCUUUUCCGCCAUGGAAUU